AAAAUGAUAAUAACGAAAAAGAUAAAGAGACAAAACCAAAAACUAACAAAGUAUCUAAUAUACAAACAAACGGCGAUGAAAUUGCAUCUAAGUCUAAAAGAAAAAGAAAAACUUAUAAAACAAUUUUAAAAAAUCAAUUUACAGCUAACGAGCGCGAACUUUAUAAAAAAUACAAGAAUUCUGAAAAGAAGUUUAGAAUGUUUUUUAAGCUUACAAUUAAAAAUCAAAUACCGCAAUUUAUUAAGAAACUUGAAAUAUCCAAUCUUUCUGAUGACUUGAAACAAAAAUCAAUUUUUGCUCUAAAAAAUCUUUUAAGUUUUUUAAAAACUAUAUCUGAAAUUUAUAUUAAUACAAAGAAAAAGAAAAAUAAGAAAGAAUUUUUAAAUUUAUUAAAUCUAGCAUUUAAUCAAUUUAGCGGGUAUGCAGGCGUGUCUCAAAAACUUUUAACUUUUAAAUCGAUUUGUAAAAGUAUACAUAAGGUUGGUGUUGGAUUUUGUCGUAUGUCUUGUUGUGAUUUUUAUGAAGUUAACAGGUUACUAUCUAGUAUGCACCGCAGAUUCAGUUUUUUAUACAUAAGACUAUUAAAAUUGAAAAAUAGUAUUGAGAAAAAGAUUAAUCAACAAUAA